GGAACGAUUUUUCCUGCUCCAAAUUUUAACCCUAUUAUGGAUGCCCAGUUGCUCGGAGGAGCCCUACAGGGAAUCAGUUGUGAAAAAGAUGUGUUGAUUGAUAUCCUAACACAGCGUUGCAAUUCACAGCGGGUUAUGAUUGCCGAGGCGUACAGAGACAUGUAUGGCAGGGAUCUGAUUACAGACCUCAAAGAGAAUCUCUCUCAUCACUUCAAAGAGGUCAUGGUUGGCUUGAUGUAUCCACCUGCUUCCUAUGAUGCCCAUGAGCUCUGGCAUGCCUUAAAGGGAGCAGACACAGAAGAAAAAUGUCUAAUUGACAUUUUAGCCUCAAGAUCUAAUAUGGAGAUCUUCCAGAUAAAAGAAGCCUACUUAAUGCAAUAUAACAAUGAUCUUCAGCAAGAUAUUGAUUCUGAGACUUCAGGUCACUUCAGAGAUACGCUCAUGAACCUUGCUCAGGGAACAAGGAUGGAAGGAUAUGCAGAUCCUUCUACAGCUGCUCAGGAUGCAAUGAUUCUAUGGGAAGCAUGUCAGCAGAAAACAGGCGAACACAAAAACAUGCUGCAAAUGAUUCUCUGCAACAAGAGUUACCAGCAGUUGUGGAUGGUUUUCCAGGAGUUCCAAAAUAUCUCUGGGCAAGACAUAGUAGAUGCCAUUAAUGAAUGUUAUGAUGGAUACUUUCAAGAAUUACUGGUUGCAAUAGUUCUCUGUGUUCGUGACAAGCCUUCCUACUUUGCUGACAGGCUUUAUAAUGCAAUUCAUGACUUUGGGUUUCACAAUAAAACAGUUAUAAGGAUUCUCAUUGCCAGGAGUGAGAUUGACUUGAUGAAUAUACGACAGCGAUACAAAGAGAGAUAUGGGAAAUCACUAUUUCAUGACAUUAAACAUUUUGCUUCAGGGCAUUAUGAGAGUGCUUUACUUGCUAUCUGUGCUGGGGAUGCUGAAGAUUAUUAAGGAAGAAGAUGAACUUUGAAGGCUGUAUAAAUCUAUUUUAGAUAGAAAUUGAAGCUAUACACAAUACACUAACUGCAAGAGAUCCCUAUUCUACAUAAAAGAACAAAAAAAGUAGUGCUAUACAUUUGGUAAUAUUAAAUCUUUCUUGAGACAGGAAAAAGUGUUGGCAGGAACAUAGUUUAAUCCCUAUUUCUAAUUAAUAUUUCUGUUUAUAUGAUUAAUGUAAGUUAAUGAAGCAACUAGUAAA